AUGAAUAAUAAGCUUAUGUUUGUUCUCUGUCGCACUUGCGGACAAAAUAUGGCUGAUGACACCGAAGACGAGCGUACACUUAUAGGCACCUGGGUAAUUGACGAGGUAGUAAAAGCUUUGGAAAAAGGAUACCAAAUAUUGGACAUUUUCGAGGUAUGGAAAUACCAAGUAGAACAGUACAAUAUCGAUCGAAAAAUCGGUGGCUAUUUACCCAAAAAGAUGGAGAAUUUGAGCCCCCAACGGGGGAUUUUAUUGGGGAUAUGA